UUCCGCAGCCUCGCCCGCAGCGACCGGUGCCCCCGCGCGCUCCUCGCCCUGCACGCCCGGCCGGCGACCCCGCUGCUUGGAGUCGCGCCCUCGGGAGCCGCAGUGCCGAGCCUCCUAGGACCCGCGGGGAGCAGCGGCGAGAGGCGACUCCCAUGCGGCACCCGAGCGGAGGCCCGGGCCGCAGGCGCAGGUGAGGCAGCGCCAUGGGGCAGGCGGGCUGCAAGGGGCUCUCCCAGUCGCUGUUGGACUACAAGACCGAGAAAUAUGUCAUCGCCAAGAACAAGAAGGUGGGCCUGCUCUACCGGCUGCUGCAGGUCUCCAUCCUGACCUACCUGGUGGUGUGGGUGUUCCUGGUGAAGAAGGGUUACCAAGACACCGACACCUCCCUGCAGAGCAGUAUCAUCACGAAAGUCAAGGGCGUGACCUUCACCAACACCUCUGAGCUCGGAGAGCGACUUUGGGAUGUUGUGGACUACGUCAUCCCACCCCAGGGAGAGAACGUCUUCUUUGUCAUCACCAACUUGAUCGUGACCCCCAACCAGCAGCAGAAAACCUGUGCUGAGAGUGAAAGCAUUCCGGAUGCCUUGUGUUACAGAGACAGUGACUGCCCUCCUGGGGAGCCCGUUGUGGCUGGAAAUGGAGUGCGGACUGGCCGCUGCCUUCGGGUGGGGAACAUGCAAAGGGGCACCUGCGAGAUCUUCGCCUGGUGCCCAGUGGAGACAAAGUCCAGGCCAGCGAAGCCACUCCUGGGCAAGGCUGAAGACUUCACCAUUUACAUAAAGAACUUCAUCCGUUUCCCCAAAUUCAACUUCUCCAAGACCAAUGUGCUGGACACCAAAGACAAGGCUUUCCUGAAGUCCUGUCACUUUGGCCCCGAGAACCCCUACUGCCCCAUCUUCCGACUGGGGUCUGUGGUCAGCUGGACAGGGAGCAACUUCCAGGAGAUAGCCCUGCAGGGUGGUGUGAUAGGAAUUCAGAUUGAAUGGGAUUGUGAUCUUGAUAAAGCUUCUUCUGAAUGCAACCCUCGCUAUUCUUUUAGCCGUCUGGACAACAAAUUUUCAGAAAACUCAAUCUCCUCUGGGUACAACUUCAGGUUUGCCAAAUAUUACCGAGAUGGAGCUGGAGUGGAGUUCCGCACCCUCAUGAAGGCUUAUGGGAUCCGCUUUGAUGUGAUGGUGAAUGGCAAGGCAGGGAAGUUCAACAUCAUCCCCACAAUCAUCAACAUUGGCUCUGGGGUGGCGCUCAUGGGUGCUGGGGCUUUCUUCUGUGACUUGGUACUUAUCUACUUAAUCAAGAAGAGCCACUUUUACCGAGACAAGAAGUACGAGGAAGUGAGGUCUGGCCACCCGGGGAAUGGAAAGGUGAAUGUGGAGCAGCUACAGAACCUGCAGACAGCGGAGGCAUAGCCAGAGGUGUUCGCUGAGAGCAGAUUUGGUGAAGAUGUUGCGGCAGAACCGCCUGCAGCUCUGAAAAUCUUUGUGUUUGCGUGGGAGAGGUGCUUCCGGUCACAGCCAUCUCUUCUGCACCUUGGGAUCUUACUGCAAGCUUUUCGUUGUGUGUCAGGGGAGGGAAGCCUCCUAGUGGCCAGUGUGGCUCGGAUCUAGAAGAGGAGGACUUGGAGAGGGAAGUGGGGAAGGCCAGGGGCCUGAGUGGUACUCGAAUGUUGUCAUUUUUCCGAGAACUCCGUUCAUUCAUUCAUUCACACAGUGAAUGCUAUGUGCUGUGGGCUGUGCUCUAUCCAAGAGAUGCUUAAAUGAGAUGCUGACCUGGCCCCCGGGUGCGGGGAGCACACGUGUAAUUCCUUCCAGAGCCAACAGACGUCACAGCCCGGCUCAGCCACUCUGGCCUUCCUCCAGCCUCUAGCUGAGACUUUCACAAAUCCCUGUUGAGAAUGAUGGCUCCUCAGAGAAAGACUUUGGCCGGCAUCCAAGGGGACGUUUGGCCUUGCCCUCAGGGAUAAAAUAAUAGGUGGCCAAGGAAGCAACCAGGGAAGGACUGGGCCUGGAAAGAGGCAGCUAGCCCUUGAGGGGAGAGGCAGCCUCUGAGGGUUUCCAGGUAAGGUGGGGAAGGGGAGGCAGGGAGGCUUCUGCUCCAGUCCUCCUGCCUAGCCUCAGGAAGCUCUGGGCAUAGUGUCUCCCCCAAACGGGAGACCAGCUGCCUGGGUCGUUUCUCCCUCGCGGUUCUGUGGGGCUGAGUGUCCCUACCCGCCUUCCCUCGCUUUCUCCUCAUAGGCGGGGUCUGAAGGGCUAAGGAGAUAAGAAUAGGUGGAGCUCACUUGGCAGGUGGAAGCAGUUGUUAACAGGGAGGCCCUCGCCCCUCACCCCAGCCUCUCUCCCUACCCUCCUCCUUCCCAGCCCCACACUGCUGAACUAUGCUGCUUCCCCCAUUUAGUGGCUGCAGAGCCUCGCUACUCACUCAGAGGUGUGGCCUGUGGACCAGCAGCAUCAGCAUCACCUGGGAGCUUGUUGGAACGGCAGUCUCUGCCCCCUCCGUCGUCCUCCGAAAUCAGAACCUGUGUUUCAACAAGACUUCGGGUGAUUUAUACGAACGUUCCCGUGUGAGAGCACUGGUUAAGGAGAUACGCAGCGCCUGGUUCUGAGGGAGGAGAAGGCCAGCUUUGGCAGCCGCUGCGGAUUUCAGGUCAGACUUACACACAUUCUACUUUGAGAGCAAGAGGAUUCCACCCCACCCCCACCCCCGGGAAGGUGACAUUAUGCUCAAUGCAUUUAAAGUAAAAUAUUUUGACUAGAUAAUACUUAUAUGAUUCAAAAACCAAACAAAAGGUACAAAAGAAUAGACAGUGAAAAGCCUGCCUCCCACCCCUGUUCCCCAAGGCGACGUUACUGAUGCCAAGAGGCUCUACUGUUUUGCUGAGAAUCUGCUUGGUUGCUUGUGCCCUCGCUCAGCAAAUGAACUUUUCCUGAUGGCUGCAACGUCCCAUCAAGUCUCCUCUGUCACGAAGGGACACGAUGGAAUACAGUGAAGUACCGGGCUAGCUCCCUUCUCCCUCUCCCACCGUCUGAGGAGUCCUCGUGUAAACCCAAGGGGAGAGACCUAUAGCUCAUCACUAACUGUUGUCUGGUCUGCUCGGUAGCAAAGGCCUGUGGGGCUGCCUGUGGCUCAGCAAGCUCCAUGGUUGGUUUGCACAGCUCCCCGGAUGCUAAGGAGUGUCCUCUUUGGAAGUGCUCUCUCUGGGCCUCCCUCAGGCCAGAAGGGUUUGGUUCUCCUCUGCACACAGAGGAGGCGGGAAGCAUCCUUCCACCAACCGGGGCCUUUGGAGAGGGACAGAGGGGCUUGCAAAAGGCUUUGCCACUGGAGCAGGGCAUGGUCCCCGAAACGGGAAGCUUGCUCCUUCUGGAGCAAGUGGCUCCUUCACUCUGGACUGGUAACCUGUCAACAACCCACCUGCUCUCUGAAUAGAAAGUGAAAAAUCUGGGUGAUCUACUAUGGUGUUUCACUUCCUCACUAAAGCAAACCCUAGGAUUUGAUAUACUUUUACAUUUGGGAGGAAGCAGAAAGGGCAGGGGUCAUGACUGCUUAGGAGUUGGUCUGGUUUCUUUUAGCCUGUUUUUGGAAUUGCUUUGCGGCAGCCAUAUAACCUGGGGAAAAUUGUACUAUUCGUUUUACACUGGAAUGAAAAUGUCUCCCUACAGUUUUCAUUCAGUUGGUAAAUAUUUAUUGAGUACCUGUUGUCAGGUGAUGGACUAAAUCUGGUAACAGUUGUGAGAAACACAGAAACUGUCCCUGCCCAAGUGCUUACAGUCUAGGAGGUGAGCCUUAAUCAGUGGUCACACAUAGAAUCACAGACCGAAUUUUCAGUGGAGUAGCCAGAGGUUUCCCCCAGGACGUGACAUAUAAGCCGAAAUCUGAAAGCAGUCUAGUUGAUGGGGGAAGCAUUCCAGGUAAGGGAACCACAUGUGUAAAAUAAAUGCUUUGACAUGAGGAGUAAUUGAGGAGCUGGAUGGAGAUAGUGUGACUGAAGCCGGUUUUAUGAGGCUUUCUUUCCAUCAAGUCUCUUUAAUCUUAAGGGCUGCCCCAUUAAACUUCACUGCCACAGAGGACCUAACCUAAUGGUUUCAAGUCCAGCCAAGCUUUCCAGGUGGCCUCCCCUACAUGUCAUGGGUCUGUGCUCAGAAAAGCCAGUGACCCCAUUACAGCUUCUGGAUAGUGCUGCACACUGCCAGUUUCCUUGCUUUUGCACAGCUCCCCACUACCCCCUCUUUCUUUGCAUAAUCUUGGUGCAUGAAUGGGAGGUUCAUAAAUCUUACAGAAACUGGCUUUGAAAUGGCAAGCGAAGUGGGAACUCGAGCUCUGUUUGGGAGAGUCCCUUUCUCUCAGGACGCCAGUUGCCUCACCAGGUAGAUGAGCACGCCAGCCUCUACAGAGCUCCUGUCCGUGCUGACAUUACAGGAUCACCUGAACCGUCGCCUAUGCUCACAUUCAGGCUGUGGCCUAAAGCUAUCUACCUAGUAGUUUCCUAAUGAUUAAUUCCAUGCCUUGGGAGUGCCAUGAUGCUGGCUAACGGGAUUUGAAAACUGGGUGCUACCAAUGUGCCAUCAAGAGGACCAGCCAUGAAAGAGCAAAGCGCCCUCUACUCCUGAUGCAGGGGUCACCAGGACUGCCCAGUCAUGGCUGCCUUUUUGCCACCAUCCCAUCAGCUCUUUCUCCGUGGCUUGCUGCCCUACUGGGGGACCAGUUGUAAAGGGGGAACAUGACUUCCUCCAGGUGUCUAAGCACCCCAGCUAUGGACGACAGUGCCCUGCAGAGUCCCUAAAUCACCCCACUUGGAAUGGCAUCUUGCAUGUCCGGAAAAGGACUCCACCUGGUUGCUACCCACUCCCCUCCACCCAGAUGACACAACUUUUCUCAGAGCAUACUCUCCAGUGGACCCAAGAGCACCGUCUCCAAAAGGCACACCUUUCUCCCAGCUCUUUGUUUCCCCUCAGGCCAGUGCACAGAAUUAAAGGAGGAAAGAUGGCAGCCAAUAUCUGAGACCUGCCCCAUA